AUGUGGCCCCCAUGGCGUGGCUGGCGCCUCCUUUGGAUAUUUGGACUGGCCGCUGGUGACGGCGGCUGGCGGCAUGCCUGGAAACAGGAAGGCCGGUAUUUGCCCGUGGACCCGGCGAAUGUGCACCCUUCGAAGAGAAUGAAGCACAGGAGCAGCCGGACUGCUGGAGGCGGCACGAUCGGCCUACCACUUGAGAUGGGCUGGGGUGCAUCCUGGUUAUUUGCAGACGAGGCGAACGUCGAGUACAGAGCCUACUCGUCUGGGAAGUUUUGCGCCAAUGGUGGCAAAGUGCCCUUCAUCGUGGAGGGACUCUUCGAACCUGAAGAGUGCGUCAUGAGAUGCACCGCUGCCCACAACUGUGCCUUCGCCACGUUGUACAGCAACGGCUGGUGCCAGUUGGGAUCCAAAUGUGCGGCGGAAGCGGAAGCAGGGGAUGCUUCCUCUGUGACCUACGCCAAGGUCCAUGUGAAGUCCGCAUGCGUCGACGGCACAUGUGCAGCAGGCAUCAAGCCCUAG